ACGCCGUACAAGAUAACUAACGUUCAAUGUUGUGACUGACGUCCCUCCUUGAGCGCACGUGAGGACAGUAAGGCGCACAAACAUAUCAUUUGCCCCGUUCUUAUAUACUCUUGCAUCAGUCGAACUUAUUUUGUUUUGUUUUGUAAAUCCCGACUUGGUGACUUGUUUGAUUUGGCGAACGGCUAACGUUUCCCGUAAAGACAGGCGGCAGCUUAAACUCUCAGCUCCAGUCGGCUCGAAAGCUUGUAGGUAACAUGUCGGCCGCGCAAACCGACUCCAGGAAGCGAAGCAAGAAGCGCUUUGUAGCCGGCCACAACAACAGCAAGCGGUGGAAGGGCUCCCGGGAGCUAGAGGUGGGCAUGCAGGGGAUCCUCAUCACCUGCAACAUGAACCAGAGAAAGUGCACGGCGGAGGCCUUGGACCUGCUCAAUGAGUACGCCGAGAAGCUCUAUGGGCCGGAGAAGCUGCCAAAUGCAAACGGAGGCAGCAGCGAAGAAGAAGAAGACGUCGAUGUUGCGCUGAAGAAGGAAGUUGCACAGCUGCAAGCAUCCAACACUAAACAGGAGAGACGUUUCCAGGCGCUGGAAAGUGGAGCCAACAAUGUCAUUUUCAUCAAAACGCAAAAUAUGGAACCUGACAAGCUCAUUCAUCAGAUCCUGACUGACCUGCACACCAGCAAGAAAAAGAAGUCUCGCGUGAUCCUCCGAAUGCUGCCUGUCACUGGAACAUGCAAGGCCUUCCAGGAGGACAUGGUGAAAUACCUGACUACAUACUUGGAGCCAUGGUUCAAAACCCCCAACUGUGCGACGUAUAAAAUUGCUUUCAAGGCUCGUAACAGCAGCCACAACAAGAGAGAUGAGAUCAUCAAAUCUAUCGCAGGCAUUGUGGGAAAGCUAAACCCGAAAAACAAAGUGGAUUUGACCAACCCUGAACUGACCAUCAUUGUCGAGGUCAUCAAAGCUGUGUGUUGUAUCAGUGUAGUAAAAGACUAUACGCUUUACAGAAAGUACAACGUUCAGGAAGUAGUGAAAGAAGAUGAGCCAGCAAAGCCCGUCACAGACACGCCGGAGGAGGAGAAGCACGACGGAGGGGUGAAGGACAAAGAGGAGACGACAGAAAUGGAGGAAGAAAAUGUGUCGCAGAACAACGAAGAGCCUGAAAACGGAGGCAAAUGAGACUCCACGUUCUUGGAAACACUCUUGUUAAGAUGUUAACUGUUAUUGUAGUGAUUUGUUUUGAAAUGGAAUGAUAAUCUGGUUUCUCCAAAAACUAGGCGUAAAAAGAUUUAGAAGGGUCUCCAUCUCAUUUUUUUUAACAUCCGUGAAUAUUUGUAGACUAAACUGGGAUCCGACCUCGGCUCCAUUUCAGAUGCAGCUGUUUAGAAUAAACCGUACAUAGUAACAUUUUGCAGCUCUGUGUUUCUCAGAUGCCUGUUUUAAUUCUUUCAAUGUUUCUAAUUUUCAUGUUUUUAUCUUUAAAAAAUGGAAUAUUUUUCUCAGUUUGGAUGUUGACCCUCAAGACACAAUCAGGGAUCAACCUGGUCAAAUAAUACUGAGUGGAAGCCCACCCAGAGAAGCCAUCCUAAGACUCGGGUCAUAUUUGAUAUCUGUGCUUUUUUGUUGUUUUCCAAACGACUUCCUGAAUUAAAGAAACAACUGAGUCAAACAAG